AUGGAGAAGAGACUGGAGGAUGGGGAAAACAAGGGGCCGCGCGGCCCCCGCUGGCUUUCCACACUCACCGCCUCGCCGGCCGUGCCUGAGGGGAGCGGCGGCCACCGGGCGCUCGGCGAAGGCCGCAGGCCGGGCGAGGCGGGGCGAGGCCGGCGCCCCGACGUCCCCCCGAGCGCGGCUCUCGCGCAGGACCGGCGCGGACGGGCUCUCGAGCCGGGCGCGGGGCCGGGCCUCGUCCGUUUGCUUUUCGCCCUAACUCAAGGCCAGCCUCGGGAGGCGCCGGGGCUCCAGGCCGGGCUCCGGCGCGCGGGGCGAGCUCGGCCGGGCGGCGGCGGCGGCGGCCCGGGGCGCGGCGCCACGCCGGCCGGGCGGACCGCGGGCCCGGCCCGCCGCGCCUCCACCUGCCCGGCCGGCCCCGCGCGCCCGGCGGGGGCGCGCCGCGCUGACCAACGGCCGAGCCGCGAGUGUCAGCGCCCGGCGCCGCCGCACACAAAAAGCGCCGCUCGGCGGCCGCCGGCCCGGCCGCCCGCCCCUCCCACCGCGCCCCGGGCCCGGCGCCCCGCGCCGCACAAAGGCCCGCCCGGCCGGCCCCGCGCCGCGGGAACAAAGGCGGAGGCCGCCGGCCCCGCACAGGUGCAGCCCCGGCCCGCUGGCCCAACAUGGCCGCGCGCCCGCCGCCCCGUUAGCCGCCGCCGGCCCUCCGCGUCCGCCGGCGCCGCGGGCCGCGUCCUCCCGGCCUCCGGCCCUCCGCCGACGCCGCGGACCGCGCGUCCUCCCCGGGUCUCCCCGCUCCCGGCGCUGCCCCCCCCCCCGCCCGGGCGGGGCGCCCCGCUCCUCCCGCCGCCCCCUCGGGCCCGCAGGCCUCGCGUCCCCGACCUCCCGGCCUCCCGUCCCCGCCCGGCGGCGGGCACCCGCGGCGGCCGGCGGGCGGCCCCAGUGACCUGCGCUGCGUCGCAUCCUCGGCCCGGCUGUCCGGUGGCGGCUGUCCGGCGGCGGCGGGCGCGAGGCCGCGGAGGGCAGGGCCGCGGGAGGGGGCGGCGGCGGCGGCGGCGGCGGCGGGCGCAGCGCGGCCAGGCCGAGGCUCUCCGCGCGCGGCGCCGACCCCGCCCCCGCGCCUCCCGCCCGCCGCCGCCGCCGCCGGGGCCGCCGCCGCCCCCAGAAGCCGCGGGAAAACCCGCUCCUCUCCGGCUCCCGCUCCUCGCCCGGCGCGCGGGCGACGGCCGGCUCCGCGACUGCGGCGAGCCCCGGCGCGGUGACGUCACGCUCGCCGCCCAAUCGCCGCGCGCGGCCCCGGAGCCCGGCGUGGGCGCGGACGCGGGCGCCGGGCCUCGAGCGGACGCGGAGCGCGGGAGGUGGCGGCCACGCCCAACCGCCGGGCCCGGAGCGCCGGCCGCCGGCGGCGGGAGCCGCGAGCCGCAGCCCGCACCGCUGGCGCCGCCGGCCCGGCCGGGCGCCCGAGGCGUCUGCGGGGCGCGCGGACCCCGCGGCGCCCGGGACGCCCGCCUGUCAAGCCCCGGCCCGGCCUCGCACUUGUCAGAGGAAGGCGCCGGGCGCGGGGAGAACCGCGGGCCGGCCGUCGUCCGCCACACGCCGUGGCCCCGGCGGAGUCCCGCGGCCCCGCCCCGCCCCGCGCGCCUCCCGGGGAGUGGGGCCGGGGAGCGGGAGCGCGGCGGGGGGAGGGCCCGCGCCCGGUCAGGGUCGCAGCCCGGCCUCCCUCGGCGGCGCCCUCCCCGCCGUGGCCCGCCUGGCGAGCUCCACAGGUGUCCGUACCCGGCUCGGGGCUGCCGGGGGCUCGGGGCUGCCGGGGGCUCGAGCCGACCGAGUUCCGGGAGCCGUGCCCUGCGGGCGGCCGUUGGUCGGGGCUCUGCGCUCCCGGCACCCGGAAGUGCGGGCAUCGCAGGAUCCCGCGCCGCGGGAAGUCACCGGCCACCCACAGCCGCCGUGCAGCCGGGGGCCGGGACCCUCCCGCUCCCGGCCGCACUAGCCCGGCCUGGUGGGCCAGCCUCGCCUCCCCGGACCCUCGGCCGCGCCCACCCUCCCGGGCUCUGGGAGACGUGA